AUGAAAUUUAGUCAAUUGAAUGUAGUAUUAAAAUUUAUGCUCACUACUACUAUCGAUUUGCCCCAACAUAAAAGAGUCUUUGAAUUUUGGAAUAAUGAUUCUUGUCUAUCUGAUAUUCAUGAAACAUAUAAAUCGGAUACAAAUAUUAUAAAAUUAAAACAAAUUAGGGAAUUACAUCUGGAAUUAAUAAAGUGUGCAAAGAACAUAAACGAUGCGUACGGAUUGCAUAUUUUAAUGUCAAUAUCAACAAGUUUUAUUUUAAUCAUAGCAGUGUCUUACAGUCAGUACUAUUUUAUGAAAUCUACAGACUACGAUCAGCAUAUCUUUCCAUUAUGUUCUUUUUUCUAUUGGAAUUUUCACAAUGCAUUUAAGAUUUGGAUAGUAUGCUACGUAUGUUCAUCAACUGCAACCGAGGCAACGAAUACGGGAGAUAUUCUUUGCGAAAUGCACGAACCAUCAACUAGCAUGGAAUUUCGUCAAGAGGUUUACAAUUUCACCUUGCAACUCGUUCAAAAUCCAUUGUCUUUUAACGCUUGUGGUUUUUUUGAUCUCAAUAAUAGACUGAUUUAUGGUGUAAUCGGUGGUAUCACAACUUAUCUCGUUAUUCUUAUUCAAAUUGGUGGCAUACCAAUACAAAUUUUCUAUACUAAUUCUACGGAAUCAACUAAUUACUGA